AUAUAUCAGUUUUGUCACAAACACCGAAUGAACGUUUCGUAUUCGGACAGAUACAUCCACAUAGAUGUAUUUAGAUAUUAUUCCGUUAUUAAUUUUUUUAUAUUUAAUUUCGAUUGUAAAUAGUACAUUGAACGACAUAUGCGGCGGUAACAACGGUAAACGUUUUUAUUUGGAACCCGGGGAAAGCGGUACUCUGGUGGCAGAAUUUAAAAAUAAUAUUUUAUUACAUAACUAUGAUAAUAAUAAUAAUAAUAAUACGUUGUAUAAUAAAUGUACGGUUGAAUUUAUUACUUGUCCUUCUUGUAUAAUCGAUAUACAAUUCAGAUUAUUGAAUAUUUCGAGGAAUUGUGGGAAAGCUUCGGUUUUCGAUACUUGCGGUUGUGAUUACAUAUGGAUUUACGAACCUCCGAUUGACGAUGCAUCGGGGGAGCAAUUCUGCGGGAGAUAUAUUAAAAGUAACGCGUCAAAUUUGACGUAUUCAAGUCAAACUAGAACGGUCGCUUUUACUUUUAUUUAUAAUAACGAAUACGGACACGCAUUCACUUUGGAUUAUUUCGCUAAAAAGAACGUACAUAUUUUCGAAGGUACUCCGAAAUUGGGUCACAUGAACAACGCCAGUCAAAUCAUAACCUCACCGUUUUUUCCGCAUUUAUAUCCCGUCGAUUUAAACGUGGAAUACGUGGUAAAAUGUAAAUCAAUCGAACCCUGUAGAAUAAGUCUACUGUUUACCGAUUUUUUAGUCGACGCAUCUUCUAUUAUGGAGUUCUUCGAUUGGACCGGUCAAAGGAUAUACGUAAUAUCCGGUAAUACUUUCAGACCGCCGGUUAUAAUAAGCGAUGGUCCGUCUUUGGUUGUCAGAUUUUAUGCAAAUGGCGGUUCAAAUCUCGGAUUUAAAGCUACUUAUUCGUUCAUAUUAGGAAACUUACAAGAUUCUGCGUUCAAACCGCAUAUAGGAUGCGGAGGUUACGUAAAUAAUCUAGGCGGCGGUAUUACGAUGAUGGACAUGGUGGUAGAAGGCACGACUUAUUUCGAUUGCGUUUGGAUCGUUAAACCUCCAGAAAGUUUUCGACAUCGAAAAACGCAUUUAUACGUUAAAGUCGACACGUUUUCGGAUUUCGCCGGUACGACGGAACUGACUAUAAAACAAGGCGUAACUUCCAAUCAACAAUCGGUGGAGAUCUUACGGAAUCCCAUGGCGCGUUAUGGUACUUCCAAACAAACCGAGCACGUCGUACCCAUCAACCAAGGUUUUUACAUAAGGUUAAGAGGGAUGUUUACGCCGAAAUCUACUCUGGGAAUUACAUACGCCGCUUUCAACUACAAAGAUUGUUUCGGAAAUUCGGAGUUUUUGUGUCGCAACAUGAGGUGUAUAUCGAUGUUGUUGAACUGCGACGGAUUCGAUCAUUGCGGGGAUAACAGCGACGAAUUGAAUUGUGUUCGAGAUGCGAAGGACCGCAGGGAGUAUUCGAGGAUUCCGAAUUUUUUAUUUCCGAAAAUUGAGCCUUAUUCGGAUAUGACUACUGCGACUUUCGUAUUUUUAACUUGUAGUUUUGGUUUAAUCGGUAUUAUUUUAGCUAUGGCUUUACUUUUGUAUAGAGUGAACGUGAAGGCUCAACAUCAGCGACAAAUUCAAGAUCAUAUCGAGACCAUACAUGCAAUUUUAGAAGAAGGAGUAGGGGAAGUCGAAGAAGAAAUCAUCGUACCCGACGAACCCCCAGAUUACGAACCGCCACCUGAGUAUAACGAUCUCGUAAAACUGAAAUCAUUUAAAAAUUUCAAGUCAUUGCGAAACCUUCAAAAAAGAUGCCCGAAUUGCAACGAAUAUAACAAAUGCGGUUCGAUAUCGCGAGAUAUAACAAACUUAAUACCCGGAGAAAGUCUUCAAUCUCACGCCAGCACCAGUACUACACAAACUCCUUCAAUUCCCGUUCCGAACUCACCCCCACCGGCCUACGAACAACUGACAACAUUUACCAUCGAAGACGAAAUAGAUAAUGUUGUAAUUGAAGACGUUAUAGACGAAGACGUAUCCUCAGCAGAUCGAUCUUUUUUAUCCGAGACAACCGUAUAUCAACUAGAAGAAAACGUUCCUUCGAUAUCCACUGAUAACAGAGCUAAAUAUUUCGAUAACAUACCAAAAAUUUCGACUCAAUUUUUGAACGAAAUCAAAAAAGGUUUCCGGCACUGUAAAUCCGUUAAUUUCUUGAAAAGUUCCAGAAAAACCGUCAGUUGUUCUGAAGAGAAUUUCGGUAGAUAUCGUUCUGAUUCGGAAUUGAUUUUCAACUCGAGAAUAAAUAUAAACUAUUUGACCGGCGCUAACGGAUUCAGAUAUAGGAAAAGUUAUUCCAGUAGCGCUUUGACUUCACUAUAA